GUUAGAGUGUGUGCAGAAUUUGUUGGUUUUAUUUUGUGUGUUUUAUAGCUAGUACCAUCUACACAACUAUGUUCUGAUGUACGUCUCAUACUGCACAUGUGCCGUGAAGAUGUAUCCUGGUAAAACUGAAAAGUACAAACAACAAAAUAAGUGAUGAGCACUGGCUAGACAGACUUAUCUAACAAUGUCAGUCACUGUUGAUCACAAAGGUUUCAAAUGUGAAGUCUGCUUUAAAUGUUUCCCAACCAAGAGAAAGUUAGAAGUACACAUUCGCGUGCAUACUGGAGAGAGACCUUUCAAAUGUGAAAUGUGCACAAAAUGUUUUACGUGUAAAUCCUACUUAAGAAAGCAUAUGUCCAUUCAUAAUAAUGAAAAAGGUUUCGAAUGUGAAGUUUGCACAAAACGUUUUGCUCGCAAAUGCAGCUUAAAACAGCAUAUGUUUAUUCAUACUGGCGAAAAACCUUUCAAAUGUGAAGAGUGCAUAAACAGUUUUACAAACAAUGAUUCCUUAAAACGGCAUAUGUUGAUUCAUACUGGUGAAACACCUUUCAGAUGUGAAGUGUGCACAAAAUGUUUUACAUACAACUCCACCUUAACACGGCAUAUGUUGAGUCAUACUAGUGAAAAGACGUUAAAAUGUAAGCUGUGCACAAAACGUUUCAAACACAAUAUAACCUUAAAAUACCAUAUGUUGACUCAUACUGAUCAAAACCCUUUCAAAUGUGAAGAGUGCACAAACAGUUUUACAAACAAUGAUUCCUUAAAACAGCAUAUGUUGAUUCAUACUGGUGAAACACCUUUCAGAUGUGAAGUGUGCACAAAAUGUUUUACAUACAGCUCCACCUUAACACGGCAUAUGUUGAGUCAUACUAGUGAAAAGACGUUAAAAUGUGAGCUGUGCACAAAACGUUUCAAACACAAUAUAACCUUAAAAUACCAUAUGCAGAUUCAUACUGGUCAAAACCCUUUCAAAUGUGAACUCUGCACAGAAUGUUUUAGAAAUGAUUACCUUUUAAAGCAGCAUGCAGUGAUUCAUUCUGAUGAAAGACCUUACAAAUGUGAAGUGUGCUCAAAACAUUUUAAAUACAUUACCAGCUUAAGACUGCAUAUGUUUUGUCAUACGGAUGAAAAACGUUUCAAAUGUGAAGUGUGCACAAAACGUUUUACACGCAGUUCCUGCUUAAAAGUACAUAUGUUGAUUCAUACAGGCGAGAAACGUGUCAAAUGUGAAGUGUGCACAAAACGAUUUGCAUCCAGUGGCACGUUAAAACAUCAUAUGUUGAUUCAUACUGGUGAAAAACCUUACAAAUGUGAAAUGUGCACAGAAUGCUUUACACACAAUACUAGCUUAAAGAAUGCUUUACACACAAUACUAGCUUAA